AUGGAGAAUUGGGGCCUCAUCAUGAUUGGAUCUCAGCAACUUUUUUAUAAUAGGCACAUCGCAGGUCCUGCUGAAAAGAGAGUGACAUUCGAAGUAUUAGCUCAUGAAAUUGCUCAUCAAUGGUUUGGUAAUUUGGUAACGAUGAAAUGGUGGAAUAAUUUAUGGCUUAAUGAAGGUUUUGCAACUAUGAUGGCUCAUAAAGCUGUUCUUGAACUAUUUGGACCAAUGUCAAAUGCCAAAAGUGUUGCACAAAGCAUGCGGGAUGACCAAGUGAACAGUGCCUUUCCCAUAAGCAGACCGGAUAAACCAUCGUUCGAUCCUGAUGAUCAGUUUAGGACUCAAUAUACAAAACCGUCAAUAUUGAUGAUGGCAACUGAAAAUUUAGUUGGAAAAGAAACAUUUCGAGCCGGUGUAAGCCGAUUGCUUAAACAGUUCGCCUAUAAAAAUGUGGAUCACACUGAUCUCAUGGAAGCAUUAACAUAUGCUCAUGAUUCAUCAGCUGGAAAUCAUUUUGCUGGACAAUCAUUUUCUUUAAAUGAUUUCAUAUCAACAUGGAUCUAUCAACCAGGCUUCCCACUGUUGAAUGUUACUGAAAGAGAACCAGGAGUUCAUGUUGUAUCACAAAUAGCAUUUCGUUAUUUAACAUCAAAAGGACGAAUUGAUCGACACCGUCAAUGGAAAGUUCCAAUCUUUCUUCGUCAUCCAAUAACGAAAGCUAAAGAAUUGAAAUGGCUUCUAGAGAAUGAAACAAUGGCAGUUGAUCUGAACGAUGAUUAUGUUUUGGAUUAUUUUGGGAGUAAUUUAUUCCGAGUUAUAUAUACAGAAAAACAUUAUAGUUCAAUAAUUGAACGUUUACACACAUUUCCGCAUGAGAUCCCUGAGCAAAUGAGAUCUCGACUGGUUGACGACAGUUUCACUUUUGCUGAACACGACUUGAUUUCAUACAACGUUCCAUGGAACAUAACAGCAUACAUCGCAGUUGAAAAGUUUGAAGCCAUACAUGGUCCGGCUACCAUAUUUAGUGCCCACAUGGAUUUUGUGAUCAGUCGAUUACGUCCACAUGAAAACUUCGAUGUUGUUAUAAAGUACCUUCAUGUCGUAUUCGGGCAUUGGUUCAACCAAUGUAACAGAGCCAUAUUUGGUAAUGAUGAAUCCAGUACAUCAUAUGUCGCUUGUGAAGUUAUCUACAAGCGUCUGUGUACUUAUGGAUACUCUAACUGUAUUGAGAUGGCAGUGAAGGAAGUUGAAAAGCUAAUGGUGAACUGUGCGGAUGAUCAUCUUAGUAGCAGCUGUAACCAUAUUCCGCAAAUCGUUCGUAUGCCAAUCUAUGCUGCAAUUUCCAAAUACGGAGAUGAACGAUUUUUUAGUUUUUUAUAUGAAAAAUUCAUAACCGAGACAUAUUCAGCUGAAAAAGGAAAACUAUGGGAAGGAUUAGCCGGAAGUUUACGUUCUGAAGAUAUCCACAGGCUGUGGUAUUAUUUUCUGUUUAAAAACCGAUUAAGUGAGCCAUUCCGAAUGAGAUGUGUGGAUUAUUCAAAACAUUAUCACUUCAAAACGCAUUUAAUUAGUUUCAUUAAGAAGUAUUUGGAAAAGAUGUUAGUAGAACUUGCACAAGAUGAAAUAAGCUUCAUACUACAAGUAUUAUCCAGAUCUCUGUUCCGUCAAGAAGAGAUACCAGAGUUCAAAGAAGUAUUUGAUAAAGCAUCUGAAAAGUUCCCAGCUUUAAGUGCUCGAUUAAAGAGUUAUAUUGAUAGAGUAACUGAUGUCCAUAAAUGGAGAGAUCGUAAUGGCGAGAACAUCAUUGGAAAUAUAUCACAAGUAUUGGAUGGUUUAAAUAAAAGAAUAUUAAUUCAAAUUAAAUAA